UUAAUAGGCUACCAAACAAAUUUCAGAAAUGAAGUCUGCAAUAAUUAUUGUUAUUUUGUGCAUUUUGUGUGUAUUAAGUGCAAAUGCAUGGGUAGGCAUAAUAAGGAGCGACCCAAGAUCCAACCAUCUCAGUCACUGUUAUUCUUCAAGCCAUAAUAUAGGAUCGAUGGAGAAAGGUGAAGAAAAAAGAUUGGCUAAUCAAUGCGCAGUGGCCAGAUGCAGAGAGAACAGAGAUAUCGGUCUGUCUGGGUGUGGUUCAGUUGCAAUCGAACCCCCUUGUCAUAUAGUAAAAGGAGAUUUAUCGAAACCAUACCCACUCUGCUGCUAUGAAAUUGAAUGUCCUGAAGGAUUCCGGCAUUAGUAAUGAUUUCGUUUUAGGACACAAAAAACCUUGUCAUACUCUAUUUUAUAGACUUGCAUGAAAAAAAAUCUUCUUAUUUUGAUUCCAUAUGUAACACAAUGAAAUAAAGACAGUAAAAAAUA